UCCGCGUGCCCGAGCGCGGCCGUUCGGCGCUGGAAGGCAGAGGCUUUGGGAAUGCUGGUUCGGACGGAGCCACGUGACCCGCUGCUGCCACGGUCGAGAGACGGGAUGUAAAUGACUGCCCAUGGGACAGAAGUGAUUGGUUGGCAGUCAUAUCACUGGAGCUGACAUGCAGAAAAGUGGCUGAGUUCGAGGAGUUGUAGAGCAUCUGGAACAAAGAGAACAUUUGUCUAUCGAAGUCGCCAGUCAUGGGUGACAUGAAGACUCCAGAUUUUGAUGAUCUUCUUGCUGCUUUUGACAUUCCUGAUCCAGAUCUCGAUGCCAAGGAGGCUAUCCAGUCAAGCAGUGAGGAAUCCGAAGCUCAUCUGAAACAAGCAGGGAUGGGUAUAGACGAGCUGUCUAUCCAUCAAGCCAUACCUGACGUUCCAGUGGUGAGUGUCAUUGUUAAGAACACCAGUCGACAAGAAUCCUUUGAAUCUAUUACGGAGAAGGAUGGCCAUCAGCUCGGACCAAAUCUGCUUCAAAAUGGGUUUCGAAAUGCUGACAUUACCUCUGAUUCCAAUAGCUACAACAAAAUGGUCAAUGACUUCAUCAAUGGAGAUACUUCCAGAAACUACUCGAGUAAAUUUGACACACCAAGGUCAGAAGCCCUACCGACAUUCAGUCAGUUUAGUCCCAUUUCUAGCCCGGAGCCUGAAGAAGCCAUGCCAAAUGCUGGAAUUAUGGAUAAUAUUAAACCAGACAAAGGGCCUUACCUUGGUUCUGUCGGUUUGUAUAUUUCUACCAAUAGUUCACUGAUGAACAAUUCAAGGGAACAGCCUGAACAAGAUGUGACUGAGCUGAGCAUGUUUGAUGAAUACUCCAAAAAGCGAGAGAAAGCAAAUGAGAUUAGAAACUGUAAAAUGAAUGAAGUCUCAUUGGGACAAAAGGUGAAUUCAACAGCGACAUCUGAAGAAGAGCAAGAGAACAAGGACUUUGACAAAAGCAGUAAUUUGUUUGACAACUUGGAGUCUUCAUGUAACCUGCAUAAUAAUAGUAUGGAAGAGCCAAAGACUCUUGUCAGUGCUCCGGAAUUGAGCAUGUGCUCUUCUGUGCCCUCUCGUCAACGUCUAAAGUCAGCGCAUUCAAAACUCACCUCUUGCUUAGCAGCCUUGGUAGCUCUUAAUCCCAAAAAAAUAUCAGAGUUCCCAAAGGAGGAACAUAAGGAGAAUUCUAAAGAAUCGUUGUUGGGUUUGAAGGAGAGUGUCCGAGGCAGUCCCAAAAUGGCAAAGUCGCCAAAGAGUCCGAGAAGUCCCAUGGAAGGAGUAAAGAAAAUGGUGGGCAAGCAAUCGGAUAGCCCAAGGAGUGUAUCCAGUGACUACAGCGGCAAAGGGUCUCCAUAUGUUGCAACGGGCUCGCCGCCGGCCAUCCCGAAAGUACGGAUCAAAACCAUUAAAACAUCUUCCGGUGAAAUUACCAGGACUGUGACCAGGAUAAUGCCAGACUCUGAACAGAGCGAGUCGAGGAGUUCACCUGAACAGUCGGUGACUGAAAUGGCUUUAAGUGAGGAAUUGAGCUUAAGAUCUAGCCCUCUGGCCCAUGCUUCAUUAGCGAUGGAAAAUGUAAAGAGGCCAUUGUUAUACAAUAACAUGGCUAAUGCUGUCACCGCACCACCUAAUACAUCUGUCAGGGGGACUCCUCCCCUGAUGUACGAUGAAAACGUAAAUGGCAACAGCAGCUUCAAAGCAUUAGGUAUAGCAAAUAUAUCACCCGAGAGUGCGAGCAGUGCUAUGUUGAAGGCAGCCAGCGUGGCCCAACUGCAGAAGCAGCUCGGGGCAAAGCAGCCGGCAAAUCUCCCCACCAUGAAUCUCCUGCCGAAAGCCGUUCACUUGGCAAGCCUCAACUUGGUUCCACACAGCGUUGCUGCCACUGCCACAGUCAGGUCUACUUUGCGACAGAGUAACCACAAGAUUGCAACUCAGGUGGUCACAGUGCCGCUGGUACAGCAAAUCAAGAACGUGGGCCCACAGAAUGAUGAGUCUCCUAGUUCCGCUCAGAACGUUGUGGUUGAAGCUUUUAACAAGCUGUUAAACGGUACUAACCCUGUGCCAAUCUACGCUCCAAACCUUAAGCCACCAGCACACAGUAAUGUGUCCAUGCCAGCUCGUGGCUAUCGCUGUUUAGAAUGUGGCGAUGCGUUUGCUCUGGAAAAGAGUCUAUCACAGCACUAUGAGCGGCGAAGUGUUCACAUUGAGAUGAUGUGCAGCCACUGUUCCAAAGUUAUUGUCUUCUUCAACAAAUGCAGCUUGUUGCUGCAUGCGCGGGAACACAAGGGCAAAGGUGCUGUAAUGCAGUGCUCGCAGUUACAAAUGAAGCCUAUCCCAUCCGACCAAAUGUUUUCAACUACCCCAGUAACCUCUUCUGUGACGUCAGUUACUCUUGCCCAAGAGGAGACCUCUGGUGGUGGCCAGGACGAUGGGAACUUGACAGUAAUUGGAAUGGGUAGCUCAGCUUUCAGUCAUCCUGCAAUGCCGCUGCACUGCGACUCACUCAGAUUAAUACGUCAUGGGUUAAAAUGUCUCGAAUGCGAUCAACAGUUCCAGGAUUGUGCGAAUCUUGCAGGUCACUACCAGCAGGUUACAGAAGAUGCAGAAACACUGACGUGUCGUAUCUGCCAGAUGAUGCUGCCCAAUAAAUGUAGCUAUGCUGCUCACCUCCGUAUUCAUACACACAAGUCCCCUUACUGCUGUCCGGAGUGCGGUGCAGUGUGUCGUUCAGCUUAUUUCCAGACUCACGUCAAGGAGAACUGCCUACACUAUGCACGGACAGUAGCGUAUAGAUGUACGCAUUGUGGGGGCAUCUUCAGCGAUACAAACACAAUCAAGACGCACAUCCAAGUUUCCCACUCUGAAUCUUUCCACAAAUGCACAAUUUGUCCGAUGGCCUUCAAGUCUGCCCAGAGCGCCAGCUCCCAUUACAGUUCUCAGCAUCCUUUAACUAAACAUCCGCCACCUGAAGUUAUUUUCAAGUGCUCAAUGUGUGAAACUGUAUUCAACCAGCAAGCCUUGCUACGCAAUCACUUCGAGCAGCACAAAAACGAAUUAAGAAUGUGUGUUUACAAGUGUCCAGUGUGCAAACUGGUGUACCUGCACAAACAGUUGAUGAUGGAACACUUCAAGGAUGUUCACAAUGUUGUGGAAACCACUGAAAAGUCUCCAGGCUCCAGUUCUCCACCCAGGGCCAGGUCUUGUGGCCAGACAGCAGAGGCUUCCACCACACGCGUAGCUGCUAAUGGCUUAAACAACGGCAAAAAGGAUGAGGCUCCACUGCUGAAGUCCGAGAGGCGGUCGAAAGUGAAGACACAGGGCUGGACGUGUGGUGAAUGUCUCCAGUGGUUUGCGGAACGAGACCUCUAUGUAUCCCACAUGAAGCGAAGUCAUGGAAAGUCAAUGAAGAGGUAUCCAUGUCGACAAUGUGAUCGUUCUUACAACGCCACACACUGCCUGCGGCGACAUGUUCGAGUGAAUCAUGACGGAGUCAAGAGAACUUACACCUGUUGGUACUGCACAGAUGAAAAGCACUUUUUUGCCAAGCGCUUCAUGCUGGAAAAACACAUCAACCUAAUGCAUGGGAUCCGAAACCCAGACUUCAGCCAGAUGCAGAAAUCUGCAAACACAAACUCAGAUGCCAAAGUGGAGGACUUGCCUGGCAAGCGCGUGGCCAGUGACACAGAAGCAGCCGGGCAGCCUAACUCUCACACCAUCGCAUCACUUCCCAAGAAGCUGAAGGUCGCAGUGUUCAAACAGUACAGAUGUUCCAAGUGUGGUUACAUGACCAAGAGCAAAGCCGAUUUCCAGGGACACAUACCUCAGCACAAGACCGAUGGUUCAACCUUCCAGUGCUCGCAGUGCGGUCUCUGUUUCACGUCUGCACUCUCCCUGAACAGGCACCUCUUCAUCGUCCACAAGUUCAAAGAAACCGAGACGCUGCAAGCAGGCGUGGUUCGUGAAAACGGGCAAGGCGCGCACAGUAGGGAGUCGAACACUACGUCAGAGGAAGAUGUUGAUCUCCAGUGCCACGUUUGCAAGGAAAUACUUCACAGUGAAACAGCUUUGAGCGUGCAUGUUCGGACUCACGGAAUGAGGAUCAUAUUAUCCAAGCAGAAUGGAGGGUCAGAACGGUGAUUCCGUCAGUGCAGAGGAGAGAUACGUCAAGUCUCCAAAUCUUCUUCAUCCAGGACAGAUGUGCAGUGAUAAGCCUGGUUCACAGAUACAUAGCAUAGCAACGUAUCAACAAGUAAAGGAAAGUGGUCCUCAUUCAAAGCUGACCAGUAGGAUUCUCUCUGCCCAUGACAGCGGAACAAGUGUUGCUUCUGGAUCCCUCGUCCUGGUUUUUAUUGUUUCUUGUUGUUGUCGAAAGAUUAGUUUUUAUACUUUGUACAACCCAAUGCACAAUAGAACUUCACAGGGAAAGCAAGCCAAGCAUGCUCUCCGCGGCCUCCACCUCCCAGUGCCCUCAAACGUCUGUGACUAUUUGUUCCACGUAACUUUGCAUGCCAGUCUCAAGCCCAGCUUUCAGUUAAACUCUCCACAGGCUUGUGUAGCUCACAGUCCAUAAUGUCACAAAAUACAAAGCACGUCUCACUGCUUCUGUCCCGGGCAAUAUGAGGCCAGAGUUGGGUGUUAGAAUGUCAGUGCCCCCCUCUUCAAAAGCUGUUUUAGUGGCUCAAAGUGAAUGGUUCCCUUCCUUAUUAAACGUUGACGUUUGACGUGCAUGCAAUGAGGAUUCACAAUGUAAUGUAGGUCCGUUUAAAUAUCCUCAUCUACCCCCUCCCUUAUUUAAAAGUAAAUAGAGAGAUUAUACUAUGAA